AUGGGUAACCAACAGUCUAACAUGGGCGGUGGCCCUGGGGGAGAUGGACGCGAUGACAGGGAUAAGAAGGACAAGCCCAAGUACGAGCCACCACCACCUCCUACUACUCGCAUUGGCCGCAAGAAGCGCAAGGCCGCCGGACCCAGUACCGCCUCCAAGCUCCCAGACAUUUACCCUACGUCGAGAUGUAAACUGCGCUACCUCCGAAUGCAACGAGUGCACGACCACCUGCUGUUGGAGGAGGAAUACGUCGAGAACAUGGAGCGGCUUCGCAAGGCCAAGGCUCAGGCUGCCCAAGGACCCGCUCGAACUGAGGAUCCAGAGGUGUCAGACCGGAAUGCAGACGAGCGGAGUCGGGUUGAUGAUAUGCGAGGCAGCCCGAUGGGCGUUGGUAACCUGGAGGAGUUGAUUGAUGACGACCAUGCCAUCGUGUCCAGCGCGACUGGCCCCGAGUACUACGUAUCAAUCAUGUCCUUUGUCGACAAGGAUCUCCUUGAGCCCGGUGCCAGCAUUCUGCUACAUCACAAGUCCGUGUCGGUCGUUGGCGUGUUGACGGAAGAGUCUGAUCCGCUUGUAUCUGUGAUGAAGCUGGAUAAGGCUCCUACCGAGUCAUACGCCGAUAUUGGUGGUUUGGAGUCUCAGAUCCAAGAAGUCCGAGAAGCCGUCGAGUUACCACUUCUACACCCCGAGUUGUACGAGGAGAUGGGUAUCAAGCCUCCCAAGGGUGUCAUCCUGUACGGUGCACCCGGAACAGGAAAGACGCUUUUGGCCAAGGCUGUUGCCAACCAAACGAGUGCUACUUUCCUGCGCAUCGUCGGCUCCGAGUUGAUUCAGAAGUAUCUCGGAGAUGGUCCGCGAUUGGUCCGCCAGAUCUUCACUGUUGCCGCUGAGCACGCCCCAUCCAUCGUUUUCAUCGACGAAAUCGAUGCCAUCGGUACCAAGCGUUACGAUUCUACAUCUGGUGGUGAGCGUGAGAUUCAGCGUACCAUGCUAGAACUGCUCAACCAGCUCGACGGUUUCGAUGAUCGUGGUGACGUGAAGGUCAUUAUGGCUACCAACAAGAUUGAGACUCUAGAUCCUGCUUUGAUCCGUCCUGGUCGUAUUGAUCGGAAGAUUCUCUUUGAGAACCCCGACCAAAACACCAAGAAGAAGAUUUUCACCCUGCACACAUCGAAGAUGUCCCUCGGCGACGAUGUCGACCUCGACGAGUUUAUCAACCAGAAGGACGAUCUCUCCGGUGCGGAUAUUCGGGCAAUUUGUACCGAAGCUGGUCUCAUGGCUCUUCGGGAGCGUCGCAUGCGGGUACAGAUGGAUGACUUCCGUUCAGCUCGGGAGCGCAUCAUGAAGACGAAGCAGGAUGGUGGCCCUGUUGAGGGCUUGUACUUGUAA